GUGCUCUCUGUCUUUAUUUUUCAUCUGAUCACAGUUUCAAGAAAGAUCAAGUGAAGAAAGAUAAUAGAGAGACAUCACCUACCAUUUCUUAAAAAAAAAAAAAAAAUAGACGUGAUGUUUUGUGCCCAUUAAUUUUUUUUAUUGUGAGUUAAAUUUGGCGCCCUGUAUUUAAAUGAGAUCUCCCAGUGCCCACAUUGUUGCUGUGUGUUUGGUUGAUAGAUAUUGAGCCUGCGUGCUGCUGAUUCAGGGAGUCGAGUCCAUGCGAACUGCCAUCUGAUCCACUCUUAUCAAUGAAGCAGCAGAUCAUGGCGGAUGGCCCCAGGUGUAAGAGGCGAAAACAAGCCAACCCAAGAAGGAAAAACGUGUUGAACUAUGAGAACGUAGUGGAAACAGGAUCAGAAACAGAUGAGGAUGACAAGCUGCACAUUGCGGAAGAGGAUGGUCUCCUUGGUGCCCUGGAACGUGAGGGUAGUCCAGCGAGCAUGCCCAACCAUGACACUUCUCCGUGUGUGAGCCAAGCACUGAUACAGAAGGAGGACGAGGAAGAUGAGAUGAGAGAGAGCGGAGUGGAUCACACCUGGCAGGGCAACGAGAUGCUGCAAACCUCAGUCGAUGGUACUGAUGAAAUGAAAGAUGAGUAUGACACUAUGGGGCCUGAAGCCACACUUCAGACCAUUGGAAACAACGGUACAGUUAAGAAUGGAGAUUGCACUUCAGAAUUUGAGAAGUAUUUUGCCAAACGAAAGCUAGAUGCUGGAGAGAGCCAUGUGGUCAGUAUUGCUGAGUACCUGCAGCGAGGUGAUACAGCCAUUAUUUACCCAGAAGCCCCCGAGGAAUUGUUCCGCCUUGGCACACCGGAGGCCAAUGGGCAAGAAGAAAAUGACCUACCACCUGGAACUCCAGAUGCUUUCGCCCAACUGCUGACCUGCCCCUACUGUGACCGGGGCUACAAGCGCUUGACAUCACUCAAGGAGCACAUCAAGUACCGUCAUGAGAAGAACGAGGAGAACUUUGCCUGCCCCCUGUGCAACUACACAUUCGCUUACCGCACCCAGCUUGAGCGACAUAUGGCCACACACAAGCCUGGGAGAGAUCAGCACCAACUGCUGAACCAGGGAGCUGGCAAUCGCAAGUUCAAAUGCACAGAAUGUGGCAAGGCCUUCAAAUACAAACACCAUCUGAAGGAACACCUGCGGAUUCACAGUGGUGAAAAGCCAUACGAGUGCCCAAACUGCAAGAAACGCUUCUCCCAUUCUGGCUCCUAUAGCUCGCACAUCAGUAGCAAGAAAUGUAUUGGCUUGAUCUCGGUGAAUGGAAGGAUGCGGAACAAUAUAAAGACGGGUUCUUCUCCUACUUCUGCUUCAUCUUCUCCCACUAACUCAGCCAUCACACAACUCAGACAUAAGCUGGAGAAUGGCAAGCCACUUAGCCUACCAGACCAAUCAGGUCUUCUAAAAAUUAAAACAGAACCACUAGAUUUCAAUGACUACAAACUCAUUAUGGCCUCUCAUGGGUUUGGUGGGCCUGGACAUUUUAUGAAUGGAGGAAUGGGGCCUACUAGCCCAUUGGGAAUCCAUGCUUCAUCUCAAAGCCCAAUGCAACACUUAGGGAUGGAGGCACCACUAAUGGGAUUUCCUGCCAUAGGGAGCAAUUUAAGUGAAGUGCAGAGGGUCCUCCAAAUUGUGGACAACACAGUAUCGAGGCAGAAAAUGGACUGCAAACCUGAUGAGAUCUCAAAGCUUAAGAGUUACAUGAAGGAACUUGGAGCUCAAGUUGAGGAACAAGGACAAGGAGUGACUUCUCCUGAUGCUCCACCUGUUGGUCUUCCAGUGGUCAGUCAUAAUGGUGCCACUAAAAGUAUUAUUGACUACACACUAGAAAAGGUCAAUGAAGCCAAAGCUUGCCUCCAGAGCUUGACCACGGACUCAAAGCGACAAAUUAGCAAUAUUAAAAAGGAGAGAAUGAAUCACAUAUUAGACCUAGGUACUGAAGAUAAGAUGCAUGAGAACAAUAACCUCUUUACUCCCUUCUCUUGUCAAUUCUGCAAGGAGACCUUUCCAGGUCCAAUUCCCUUACAUCAGCAUGAACGCUACAUGUGCAAAAUGAAUGAGGAGAUCAAGGCAGUACUACAGCCCAGUGAGAACAUGACACCCAACAGGCCUGGGAUGUUGGGAGAGAAACACGCUCUCUUACUUUCUUCCAUGCUCUCCGAGAAAGUAGUGACAAGCCCCAUCAACCCUUACAGGGACCACAUGUCUGUGCUUAAAGCAUACUUUGCCAUGAACAUGGAACCCAAUUCAGAUGAACUACUGAAGAUUUCCAUAGCUGUUGGCCUCCCUCAGGAAUUUGUGAAGGAAUGGUUUGAGCAACGAAAAGUUUACCAGUACAACAAUUCCAGAACUCCACCAAUGGAACGGAACAAUGCAGAGGUGGCGCUGGCUGCCACCAACACUCCCACUAAAGACACUAUGUCAGCCAGGUCUCCUAUACCUUUAGUAAAGCCUGUGGACUCUAUUACUUACCCAUCCAUAGCAGAACUCCAUAACAAUGUUAAUAAUUGUGACACACCUCUCAGGCUUACAAAACCAUCCCAGUUUACUGGUGGUAAACAAGUUGGUGAAAAGUUGGACCACUCCAGGAGCAAUACUCCUUCCCCUCUAAAUCUUUCCUCCACCUCUUCUAAAAACUCCCACAGUAGCUCUUACACUCCAAACAGCUUCACUUCAGAAGAGCUCCAGGCGGAGCCAUUAGACUUGUCUUUGCCAAAACAAAUGAAGGAACCUAAAAGUAGUAUAGCUGUAAGAAACAAAACUAAAGCUAACAGUGUUAACAUUGACCAUAACAGUAUUUGUUCUCCAUCUGAGCACAUAGAGGAGCCAUUGAACUUGGCCUAUCUCAAGAAGGAAUUUGGUUCACAUGACAACCUUGACAAAAGCACUAAUCAAUUGUUCAGUAUUAACCCAUUUGGUGCCAAACCUUUGUACUCAUCACUUCCACCACAAAGCGCAUUUCCCCCAGCCACCUUCAUGCCCCCAGUUCAGGCAAGCAUCCCGGGGCUGCGGCCAUAUCCAGGGCUGGAUCAAAUGGGCUUCCUACCGCACAUGGCCUAUACAUAUGCAACUGGAGCAGCUGCUUUUGCUGAAAUGCAACAAAGAAGAAAGUACCAAAGGAAACCAGGUUUCCAGGGGGAGCUGCUUGAUGGAACAACAGAUUAUAUGUCAGGCCUGGAAGACAUGACAGAUUCAGACUCCUGUCUGUCCCGGAAGAAGAUUAAGAAGACAGAAAGUGGUAUGUACGCGUGUGACUUGUGCGACAAAACAUUCCAGAAGAGCAGUUCCCUCCUAAGACACAAAUAUGAGCACACAGGUAAACGGCCGCAUCAGUGUCAAAUUUGUAAGAAAGCAUUUAAACACAAGCAUCACCUUAUUGAACAUUCGCGACUGCACUCAGGCGAGAAGCCGUAUCAAUGCGACAAGUGUGGCAAGCGCUUCUCGCAUUCGGGGUCUUACUCGCAGCACAUGAACCACAGGUACUCCUACUGCAAGAGGGAGGCGGAGGAGAGAGAGGCAGCCGAGAGGGAGGCCCGGGAGAAGGGUAAUCUAGAGCCAACAGAGCUACUGAUGAACCGAGCAUACUUACAGAGCAUUACUCCUCAGGGGUACUCCGACUCGGAAGAGCGAGAUGGCAUGCUGAGGGAUAGAGAAGACAGUAGGAGAGGUCAUGAGAAAGGUGUUGAAGGGGGGUAUGUGAAGAUAGGAAGGCAGGACGAAGAGUUUGAGGAAGAGGAAGAAGAAAGUGAAAAUAAAAGCAUUGAUACAGAUCCAGACAGGUUAAGAUACGAGGAGGAGAAUGGAGACCACUCAAUGGACGAUAGUUCGGUGGACGGGAAAACAGAAACCAAAUCAGAUCAUGAAGAGGACAAUAUGGAAGACGGCAUGUAAUAAACUACUACAUUCUAAGCUUCCUGUGUUUUCUUCCAGUAGUAUUGUUACCUGCUUGAUUUAAACAAACACACUGCUGUGUUGGCUGUACAUGCACGUGCCUGAUGCUUCCAGAAAGCCUGUGUUGAUGGACUUAAGUGGAGGGAGACAAUUCUGCCGACAGAGACGAUGUUAUGAGUUUGAGUGGGGGAUUGUUAAGAAGCUGCAUUAUGCAAAAAAAAAAAAAAAAAAAAAGAAGAAAAAAAAAAGAAAUUUUAAUAAUUGUACAGUAUUAAGGCCUAAAUAAUGUGUGGUGCUAACAUCCUAAAACCCUGUGUUUCAUAGUAUUUAUAGCACAAACUUGUAACUUGUACAAAUUGCACUCCGCUUAUAUCAUCACUACAAAAAUGAUAAUAAAAAGUAUUGUCUAUGUAUAUUUAUACAGUGUUUAAAGCAGUAGUGCCCGCACUACAGUUCAUCAGUAUUAUUACUUAGCUAUCACUUAAUGUGUUGUUUAUAGUUUUAUCCUUGUGUCGGGCCAACUAACCACACAGUUUUAGGCCUCAGACUUUCUUUGUGUGAAGGAACUUAAAUGAUGCCUGUGUGAUUUUAAGAUAUUGAAGUCUUAAAGCAACCUUGAUAUGAAGGACAGUGGUAUGAAGACAAAAA